AUGAGGGCACUGCUGGUUGGCACACUGCAUGGUGUUGCACUUCCAACUGGAGCCGCCGACGUCUCUGCCGUACCAGCAGUCGAGCCAUCCGCCGUGUCGGGCGUUGUAGAGGCAGCGGCGGUGGAGGAAAUAGAGCUGGUGGUGGAGGCGUUUGAGCACAUCGAACAGCAGGCAGAGCAAUGUGUCCGUGUCAUGGGGAUAGAACAGGCCUUGCGGGUUGGUGUUGAAGUCGCAGGCGUAGAUGCCACCUGCGUGGCCGAAGCCGAGUAA